AUGAACAUGUCCGAGUGGUGCGCGUAUCUCACAUUCGAUCUGAUGACUGAAUUUGUCUUCAGCAAAGGAUCCAACUUGCUGGGAAAGCCGAAGAACCGGGCCUUGCUUCCGGUGGCGGAAAGAUCGUUGGACUGGGUGGCAGUACUAUACAAUCUGCAGCUUCCUUGCGCCGAACAUUUAACAAGUUUCCUAUUCAGGGUUGUGAAUCGUCGCCAUGGUAUCUUCACCAGAUAUAUCAAGUCUAAUUUGAAAGAUCGACAUGGCCUCAGGCCUGAAGAUCUCGGUGGAGACGUUUUCUCCCAUUUGCUGUGCAAUCGUGACGGUCAUUCUGGAGAGAAAUUGAAUACUGAGGAAAUCCAAUCGGAGUGUCAACUCCUGUCUGUUGCAGGAUUUGACACCCUUUCAAGUGCUUUAUGCGCUACAAUUUUCUACCUCAGUCACUACCCGCAUGCCUACACUCUUCUGGCAGCUGAAAUCCGAACUACCUUUCAAUCUAGCGCAGAUAUCCAACCAGGCGAGAGGUUAAAGGGGUGCAAAUACCUCAAUGCAUGUAUCGACGAGUCACUGCGAAUAUCACCCCCAAUUUGCACGUUUGCCCCCAGGGAGGUUGAGGAGGGAGGUGAGAUGAUCGACGGAAACUUGAUCCCAGAGGGAUGUGUUGUGGGCACCUCCAUUUAUGCGAUUCAGCACAGCCCAGAAUAUUUCCCUCAACCCCAUGUAUACCUUCCAGAGCGGUGGUUGACGACCAACGAGAGCCCAAUAAAUGCUGCCUUCACACCAUUUUCCAUGGGACCCAGAGCCUGUAUUGGACAAUCAAUGGCCAUUUCAGAGCUUCAGACCACAAUUGCACUCUUCAUAUGGACGUUCGACUUCAAGCUCGCUGACGGACAUGAAGGUACAAUUGGGAUGGGAAGUCCCCAACAACGAGCUGGGCGUAGAGAUCCCAGCGAAUUCCAGUUAUAUGAUAGAAUGACAACCAGGGUGGAAGGGCCAAAGAUUCAGUUGCGUCCAAGUAGCAACGCGAGGAGCGACGAGAAUUGUCGUUGA